AUGUCUUCGCCACAAAGAGAGGGUUUCACCGCCCCUGCGUCCAUCUCACACGCUGCACACGGUCAGGUCACCAACAAGUCCUUGGGGGUCAAAUACAACUGUGCUCAAUGUGCUACUUCGUUUUCUUUGGGAAAGAGCGAUGCUAUACGGUGUAAAGAAUGCGGUCAUAGGGUGAUAUACAAGUCCCGGACAAGACGUAUGGUGCAGUUUGAGGCCAGGUAG